AUGUCUGACCUCGACGUGGGCACCCUCUUCCACAACAUGGGCAAGAUCCUGCUCGCGGUCCUGGUCUUCGCCCUCAGCUUCAUCCCCAUCGGCGCCCUCGCCCUCCUCUCAGCCUGGCUCUGCUGCUUCGAAGAGCGCGCACACUUUUUCCAACGAAAACUUCCAAAGACCGAGACCUCUAAGGGCUUCCUGGUUGCUCUCGUGAUCGCGCAUUGCGCAGUCACAUUCUUCCUGGCCAUAGUAUGGAGCUCCAACGGCACGUCGGCAAUGACGGUCAUCACGUACAGCGUGGCCAUUGUCAUUACAGUCGUAUUCGGGCUCUGUCUGGGGGGCUUGAUACUGGGGACGAUGUGGCAUAUCUUCCAGACGAAUUUCGUGAACAAGUCGGCGUCUGGCGAGUCGGGAAGCUAUCAGCCGGUGGCUACUACCAAUGAGCAUGAGCUGGAGAGUGGUGCUCCCCAAACUGAUGAAUCGACUGCGGCGUCGACAAAGGCUUGA